GACGCGCGUCGGGUGUGUGAUGCGCGCAUAGUGAACCGGCAUGGAGUCCGCCGUGGACUCGGCGUCAACAGCGAGCGAAGUGAGCGGCUCUUCGGGUGGAUCGCCGCGCGUGAAAGCGGCGUCGCCCGCGCGUGCCAUGAGCCCACCGGCGCUGCUUGCGCCACGGCUCCCGCUGCCGCCGCCCGGGCUGGGCCUGCUGGGUUCGCUGCAGAUGAUGCACCACUCGCCGCUCGAGCUGAUGGCGGCGGCACACCACCACGGCCCGCCGCGGUACGGCAGCCCGCCGCCCAUCUCCACCUCGGACCCCUCGGCCAACGAAUGCAAGCUGGUGGAGUACCGCGGGCAGAAGGUGGCGGCGUUCAUCAUCCAGGGAGACACGAUGCUCUGCCUGCCGCAGGCGUUUGAGCUGUUCCUGAAGCACCUGGUGGGCGGGUUGCACACAGUGUAUACCAAGCUGAAGCGGCUAGACAUCGUGCCGCUGGUGUGCAACGUGGAGCAGGUGCGCAUCCUGCGCGGCCUCGGUGCCAUCCAGCCCGGCGUCAACCGAUGCAAGCUGUUGUCGUGCAAGGACUUCGACGUGCUCUACCGCGACUGCACCACCGCAAGGUGCCUGUCAAUGAAAGCGCCAGACAGGUACUUCUCAAGCUCCAGACCGGGCCGACCACCGAAGCGCGCGUCGGGUGUCGGUCUCUCGCUCGCCGCCACGCAGUUCCCCGGACAUCCCUUUAAGAAACAUCGACUGGAAAAUGGCGAUUAUUCACCUUACGAAAAUGGACAUAUGAGCGAGAUGGCCCGAAUGGAGAAGUCCCCGCUACUAGCCAACGGGUACAACGCGCCACCGACGCACCUGGGGCCGAUGGGCUUCAUGCACCAGCAUGCACUCAUGUCGCCCAUGCAUCCCGGUGUACCUCGCCCCGACGGUUCCAUCAUCAAGGGACAGCCAAUGCACAACAUGGAGGCCCUCGCAAGAUCUGGUAUUUGGGAGAAUUGUAGAGCGGCUUAUGAGGACAUCGUAAAACAUCUCGAAAGGUUGCGUGAUGAGCGGGGUGACAUUGAACGUGUCAUAGCGAUGGACAAAGCUCGCGAAGGUUCACACAAUGGGUCUUCCCCAGGCCACAGUCCUGUCCUGAACUUGUCCAAGUCAGGAUCUGGCGACCGCGACCGACAGGAGAGGGUAGAUCGCGACCGGCAAGAGAGGGUCGAUCGCGACCGGGGCGAGAGGGGCGACGGGUCCGCCAGCGGGCGGAGCUCUGCCGCCUCGCGUCGCACCCCGCAGCCCCCUCGGCUGCCCUCUGCCGCCACCGGCGCCGCUUCACCGCGCUCGCACUCCGACGACAGCGACGCCGCCAUGUCCGACCAGGAAGACCACAACGUCAAGGACGAGGAUGAUGGUAAGACACGUACUAUUUCACCAAAAAAAAUUUAAGGCAAAAGUUAUCAUCUUUGUUCAGGAGCAGAGCUGAGCGAGGGGGAGCAGGAGGGCGACGCGGGUACGUCUCCAGCGCCGGUGAGCUAUGCGGCAACCCCCGCCACGCCGGUACCGGUAGACCCCAGCGCCGACACGCUGGUCUCCUCCACCGAAACGCUGCUGCGCAACAUACAGGGCCUGCUCAAGGUCGCCGCAGAUAACGCGCGUCAGCAGGAGCGACAGAUUAGCUACGAAAAAGCUGAAUUGAAAAUGGACGUGCUCAGAGAGCGAGAAGUGAAAGACAACCUGGAGAGACGACUAAUGGACGAACAGAAAAUGAGAGUAAUGUAUCAGAAACGACUAAAGAAGGAGCGGAAACAGCGGCAGCAGAUCCAGGAGCAGCUCGAGAAUGAACUAAAGAGACGACAGAAGAUAGAAGAGGCGCUCAAGCAGUCCGGUGCCCCCCAGGAGAUACUCAGAAUUGUUACUGAGAACAUGAGUCCGUCAGCUCAUGAGGCACGUUCAGAGCGCGAAAACGGGUCGGAAAGCAAGCCGCCGAGCGCGGAGCCCCCAGCCGCCUCGCCGCCGUACUCGCGCGAGCCGACGCGCACGCCAGACAAGCCACAAUGGUCCUACCCGCCGCCGCCCGUCGACAUGCUGCCUGGCGGAGCUGCCUUCUGGCAGAACUACUCCGAAUCUUUGGCACAAGAACUGGAGAUGGAGCGCAAGUCACGGCAGCAGGCUAUGGAGCGCGAUGUGAAGAGCCCACUAUCGGAGCGCGCCAGCUACUACAAGAACUCGGUGCUGUUUAGCUCGGCCACUUAGCUGACGGGUCGCGGGGCCGACCUCCCCGACAAACAUUGCGACGACGACAAGUGUACUGACGACACCAGGAAACCCAUCAUCAGUGUGAAACCAGAGUUUAGAGAAAAAUAAAAUAUUAAAGCAAGUGCAAACGCUGUAGACGAUUCAUCGAAAGCUGGAGAAAUAAUAAUCUUUCAGCAGCCGUUGGCUCAGAUUUAACUUCAGAACUUUCGUGUACAUUAAAGUUUUCAUCAUUUAGUUUAGCUCGUAAAAUUUUAUGUAUCAGAUCUCGAUAAAGUUGUACUUUUAACUGAGAUUAAUUGUAAAUACUGUUAUGACGUACUAAGCACGUAGAUUGUGUUGAUGAGAAGUCUAAGGAAUUUUUUUCUUCCAUAGCAAAAUUUGUAAAUAUUUCUUUAUAUUUUCUAGGAUAAGUAACUGUUUAGUCGACGAUAUGAGUUAUUUAUUCGUCAACAUUUAUUCAUUUAUAAAUCGUACCUUUAAAAUUAUUGUUAAAUGCCAUAUUUAUAUAUAAGUAUCCAUCAUUAUUUACAUUCUCUACUUUAAGAGGCGACAAGUUUUACGUUUCUAUUUGUACUUUUUACGAAUGAUCCGAUUUGGGAAUAAUAAAUUGAUUUUCUAAAUGAAACAACUGCUGGAAUUGAUCUAAGACUGAAGAAUAAACUUUUAUUCGCUAGUCCAAUCGAAGCACUGAAUACCUAUUGAGUUUCUUAAUAUUUUUCAUUGACUACGAGACGAGAGCUUUGGAACAAUGUCGUCACUAAGUAUAAUAUAAUUCUGUACAUUUCGAUCACUUAGCUUAGUUUUUAAAAACGUUUAAAAAUUAAAGUUCAGUUGAAGCAUGUGAUCAACAAUAUUGUGUAAUUUAUUCAACUUUAGUGCAAUGAUUAGAUGUAACUAAAACUAGUGAUACAUUAAAAGCAUAAAAGUACGAUAGUUUAAGCGAUUCGAAUCGAUUAAUUUUUACAAAAUAUUAUUGACUGAAUACUGAGGAGACAGUUGCGAGGGGCAUUGCGGCGCAGGGCCUCAGCCGAGGCGAUGCUGGAGCCCUGUGCGCCGGCUUCUGCGUCUCAUAUCCAUGAUCCAGUGUCUGCAGCUCUGGAUAUAUGUAACAAUAAGUGCAGUAGUUUUUAAAUAUAUAAAUGAUAGUGUUAUUUAUAUCGAUGCUUAGUUUACAAGAGGACUUUAAUACGUCUUUAAUAGCGUAAGAUUUAGACAUUGUAUAGAACGUAAAAUUGGCGCUUGGCUAUCAAUAAAUACUGUAUAAGAAUACACACAUAUCCGAAACUUACGCCUGUGCGACGUCUAUUAAGCUUUAGUAAAAAAAAAAAUAUUUGAAAAUAUCAAAAUUUAAAUGUAAUAGUCAAGCGCCGAUCUGAACGAUCGCUUUAUAACAAUUAAUUUCAUACAUAUUAUCUAUAAUGGGUAAUAAGAAGUAAUGAGUAAAAGUUAGUUGUUACUAUAAAUGUUUAGCUGAACACGUGUGGUUGUAUAAAGGGAAUGAAUGUGACCGUUAAAAUUUGAUUUCAAUUCUUUAUUGAGAUAAGGUUGAAAAUGUAAUGUCGACUGUCGGUGGUUCACUAAGUAUCCGGCAGAGGACAAUCGCGACGACUUAGCGCUAUUCCUUCAACAAUUAGAUGUCGAGGCUUCAGUAUUCACUUCAAAUUGUUUUAUAGUAUGCAAUUCAUAAGGCGAGCGUUUAUUAUUUAUUAUUUCUAUGGUAAUUAUUAUUAAUUUACUUAAAAUUGUGUGUGUGCCUUGUAUCGUAGAAGAAAAUAUCGAAAU